GCCCAGGCGGCGGACAGCCCCGCCACAGCGCGAUGAGCUCCGAGUGCAGCAGCUACCUCAACGCCGACAGGGUGCUGGUGAGCGGCUUCAGCUGCCCGCGGGUGGGAGGCGAUGCCCGCGCCGUGUACUGCUGCGGCUUCCAGGACGUCAAGUACUGCUGCGAUGACCCCCACAGCUUCUUCCCCUACGAGCACAGCUACAUGUGGUGGCUCAGCAUUGGAGCGCUUGUGGGCCUGUCAAUAGCAGCGGUGGUCCUGUUUGCUUUUAUCAUCACUGUGUGUGUUCUCUGUUAUUUGUUCAUCAGCACAAAGCCACACAGCAAACUGGAUACUGGUUUAAGCCUACAGAUGGCAGAUAGUGAAACUAGAGGGGGAUCUAUAUGUUAAAAAAAAUAGAGGUACUGGAUGAAUUCUACUAAUGCUGUAAGGAAAAAGAUAUGGAACUGCAUCCUUCACAUAGUGGCUACCAAAACAAGCUGUUGGCAGAACCAAGUGGCUUCAAGAGAUAUUUCCUCAGACACAAGGAUAGACUGUGACCCACAAGAACCUCACCAACUUUUCCAGAGCUUUUUUCCUGGCUGCUGUAAUUGCAGCUGAUUGCAAGACGUCAACCUGAGCUGUGCCAGGAUAUGCAUUUCUGUAUGAUUACUGUACUGGGAAGUAUAUUUUAAUUUGCAUCAGCUACUGCUGCUAAUUACUUUCAUGCAAAUUGUUGUCCUAUGCUGUGCAAUUUCAGUGAUAUAACAGUUGUCAGGCAGAGCAUAAUUUGGUACACCCUGUUGACCAAGCUUUGUUUGAAAUUUUCUUUGUGUGCCGUCUUAAUGUGAUGUCUUUGCAUUAUUAGUAUGAUCUUUAAUCAAGUGUGAUGAUUUGGUUCACAAACGUGUGAAUGCAGUUCCUCAAUAAAAUCUAGCAUUCA